AAAAUAAAAUUGUAUUUCUAGAAUAAUUAUAUUUAAGCAUUCUAUAAAUACCUCUAGGAUCAACCUAAGGAGGUAGAUUAUUUUCCAUCAUUAUUCUCUCUACAUUGUAAACUCUCUCUAUCAAUAAAGAUCUUGGUUCCACACCACCUACUCUAUUUUUACUGUUAACAUUUGGCGCCCACCGUGGGGCCGAGUUCUUUUUGAUCCACGAAUACCGCAUGGAAAAUCCAAAAAAUUCAUCGCCUCCUAGCAGAAGCACCCCAGGUUCCAGAAGCAAAGCCAGAAUGAGCAACUCCUCUUCAUCAAGCACGAAUCCAAGAGAUAUUGUCAACAGAACCAAACCAUCAGACUCAACAGUAGCAUCACAAAUACAGAAACUUACACAAGGCAUGGAAGAAACAAGGCAAAGUUUAAAAGCAAUCGAACGGGCCAUAGCAUCUAUGACAAAAGCUACUAAUACCUCGUCACAAGAAGCUAAGCGAGAACGUUUAUCACGAAGUGACGCCAGGACACUUGAAGGAAAGGAGCAAGAUUCAGCACAAGGAAACAGCAAUCAAGAUGAAAGCUACGUACCUUCAAGAUCAACAGAGUGGACAGUUGACACGAGCUUACAACCAUCCUCAGCUUUCACUCAGUACAAUUUUCGAACAGGGCCACAAAAGACAGAAACGCAGAUUCAUGAUGACGGCGUUUACAAAGAAAUUGAGGUGCUGCGACAACAUCUAGCAAAAAUAGAAGCUGGCAGGCAGAAAUAUGCAGAACUAGUACACACAGCUUCAGUAGAAAAAGCCUUUAUAGAUGACAUCAUCAGGGAACCUGUGCCGUCAAACUUCAAAACUCCGCAGCUAGCUGAGUACGAUGGAACCCAGGACCCAGUGGAGCACGUGCAAGGAUAUAGAAUGGCAAUGAUGGUAUAUGGAGCCUCAAAUGCUCUAUUAUGCAAGCAAUUCCCAGCAACUUUCAGGAAAGCUGCGCAGGCUUGGUUCGCAACAUUACCAGAAAAAUCCAUUCAGACCUUUGAUCAAUUUGCGAAUAUGUUCAUCAAUCAUUUCACGGCCAGCAAAGCUCCUCGAAAGACCAACCAUCAUCUCUUAACAAUUAAACAAAAAACAGGAGAGUCGUUAAGAGCCUACAUAGCAAGAUUUCACAACAAAGCUGUGCAAGUAGAAAGAUUGGACCAAAGUGUGGCAAUGCAUGCUCUAAUGGACGGACUUAAAGACUCAAGUUUCUAUAGAUCUCUAAACAAGCGGGAGCCCACCAGCCUUAAUGAUCUCAUGAGAAGGGCGGAAGGAUACAUCAGAGCAGAAGAAAGGGCAGCGGAAUGCAGACAACUGAAAAUAGAAAUCGAGAGGUUAAUAAGACGAGGAGCACUCCGGCAAUUCGUAAAAACAAACGACGGCAGCAGAAAUAGGAAAGAUCAGCACAAAAAGCCUGGAGAAAAAGAGAAAGAAGAAGAACAGCCACUAGAAGUUGUGGGGACCAUUAACAUCGUAAGCUUACCAUCUGAAGUAUGCAGCAAGGAAAAAACCCCCCAAGUAACACUGGAAGCAAAGAAUUCUUUAAGAAAAAGUGAGGUAAUCAGCUUCACAGAAAAAGACAUGCAACAAAGGGAAGUAUAUCCUCAUGAACCCUUGAUGAUACAAGUAAUAGUUGAAGAUAGAAACCUCCGGCAAGGAAAAAUAUUAAAAAGAAUAUUAGUAGACACAGGAAGUUGCAGAGACAUACUUACGCAUGAAGUUUUCAAAAAGCUGGGAUUCUCAGCACAACUUAUGAGACCCUGUGAAAUCCCGUUAGUAGGAUUGUCUGGAAAAGAGGUGCCAGUAGUGGGGAUCAUCACGAUACCUAUCCAUGUUGGCGAUACCGCUCAGAAAGCUGUGGUAACUUUGGACUUUUUUGUCGUAGACAUACCAUGCUCUUUUAACGCAAUCUUAGGAAGACCAGGAUUGAAUGCAUUACAAGCAAUAAUCUCUACAAGCCACAUGAUGAUCAAAUUUCCUACGCCAAAAGGUAUUGGAGUAGCAAGAGGAAGGUCCGCAGAAAUUCAGGAAACUGUCACAGCACAAGUAUCUAAACAAUCAGAAACUCGGAAACUGCGGCCUAAGUCCAGAGCCUGGGAUUUAAUCGCAACAGGGGAUAUCGGGAGAAGAAGAGCAUUGACAGUAGAUACAAUGGAUGCACGAGAAGGUAUAAACGAACAACGAGCAGAGCCCAUUGAUCGCACUAAAUCUGUGGCACUCACCUCAAAAAAUCCAGACAAAACAACGAAUGUGGGAGCAGACAUGGACCCAGAAUUUACCGCGAAACUAGAGGAAUGUUUAAGAAGGAAUGAAGGUAUAUUUGCGGGAAGUGCAGCUGACAUGCCUGGAAUAGAUCCUAAGGUCGCAUGCCAUAGGCUCGGGGUACUCCCAGAAGCUGUGCCAAUCAGACAAAAGAUGAGACAAUUCGGAGCUGAAAGGACCGCAGCUAUAAAGGAAGAAAUAGAGAAAUUAAAAGAGGCAGGAUUUAUAAAAGAAAUAAACUUCUGUGAGUGGCUAUCCAACGUUGUCAUGGUAAAAAAGCCAAAUGGAAAAUGGCGCAUGUGCAUUGAUUUCACUGACCUUAAUAAGGUGUGCCCCAAAGACAACUAUGCGUUACCAGACAUAGAUGAGUUAGUGGACAAUUCCUCUGGAUAUGAAGUACUCAGCUUUUGUGACGCUUAUUCCGGAUACAACCAAAUCCCACUGGCAGAAGAGGAUCAAGACAAAACAGCUUUCAUUGCGGCAGGAGAAACAUACUGUUACAUAGUGAUGCCAUUUGGCCUAAAAAACGCAGGUGCAACAUACCAGCGUUUCGCAAACAAAAUCUUCGUGUUGCUGAAAGGAAAGUGCGUAGAGGUAUAUGUCGAUGACCUGAUAAUAAAAAGCAGAAGUCUAGAUCAGCAUCUUGAAGACUUAGAGCAAGUUUUCAGCAUACUACACGAAUAUGGCAUGAAGUUAAACCCUCUAAAAUGUACGUUUGGGGUAAGGGCUGGAAAAUUUUUAGGCUUCAUGCUGACUAACAGAGGAAUUGAAGCAAAUCCGGAAAAGGUGCGUGCAAUAAUAGAAAUGAGACCCCCAGCUUCAAUAAAAGAGGUGCAGCACCUUAUGGGGAAAAUUGUGGCAUUGGGAAGAUUUCUAUCAAAGUCUGCAGAAAGGUGCUUACCCAUCUUUAAAAUCCUGCGAGGGAAGAAAAACUUUGAAUGGACACGAGACUGCCAGAAAGCUUUUGAACAAUUAAAAGCAUACCUGGCAUCUCCACCCUUGAUUAGCAAGCCUAGCCCCGGAGAGACAUUAUUCCUAUACAUAGCAGCAACAAUAGAAGCAGUUAGCGCAGCUUUAAUUAGGAAAGAACAAAAAAGGCAAAGACCUGUGUACUUCGUAAGCAAAGUACUGCAAGAACCAGAAAAAAGGUACGCACCUUUGGAGAAACUAGCAUAUGCAGUAAUCAUAGCAGCCAGAAGACUGAGAUAUUACUUUCUGGGGCACAAGAUUACAGUCCUCACCAAUUAUCCAUUGAGACAUGUAUUGCACAAACCAGACUUAGCAAGAAGGCUGGUGAAAUGGAGCAUUGAGCUUACAAAAUUUGAUGUGGAAUUCCAGCCACGAAAAGCUACAAAAGCUCAGAUUUUGGCAGACUUCAUAGUAGAACUGAGUAAGGAAGAAAAAGCUGCACUUGACACACCUUUACCAACACCCCCAGCAAAACGACAAUCAUCAGAAAUAGAAGAAGAGCAAGCAAGGGUAAUUCCACCAGGUCUUUGCUGGAUCCUCCAUGUGGAUGGAUCAUCAAGUGAGAAUGGGAGUGGCGCAGGAAUCAUACUGACAUCACCAGAAGGAGAAACCUUUGAAUAUGCACUGAAGUUUACAUUUGAGGCAUCCAACAAUAGAGCAGAGUACGAAGCUCUGCUGGGAGGACUUCGAUUAGCAAGUUCAGGAGUCACAGAAUCUGGAAAAGAGAUAUACGUUGAGGAACUGAGCUCCCCCUCAAUAUCUGAAGAAGAAAUCUUGGAAAUAGAAGAAGAAGAAGUAACCUGGAUGAAUCCAAUCAGAAGAUACCUCUCUAAUGGAGAUUUACCUGAAGACAAGAAAGAAGCACAGAAAUUGAAAAGGAAAGCAGUGUGCUCCAUGGCCUUUCGCAAAAUGGGGAAUGGACAUCCUUGGGCCCUUCCCAGAAGCAAAAGGAAAAAGAAGUACCUUAUAGUUGCAAUAGACUACUUCACGAAAUGGGUGGAAGUCGAGGCAGUGGCCAGAAUAACAGAACAGAAAAUAGAAGAGUUUGUAAAGAUAUGCAUCAUAUGCAGGUUUGGAACACCAAAAAUCCUGCUAGAAAACGAAGGAAAAACACCAGAACAAAUUGAGCAGAGAUUUGCUUCAGUAGCUUACCCAGAAUCAAACGGACAAGCAGAAGCUGCCAACAGAAUCAUAUUGGAUAGCCUGAGAAAGAAGGUAGGAAAGGCAAAGGGCGCAUGGACAGAAGAACUACCGUACACAUUGUGGGCCUACAGAACCACAUACCGCACAUCCACCGGUGAGACCCCAUUCAAUUUAACAUACGGAACAGAAGCAGUGAUUCCAGUAGAAACCAGAAUUUCAACGCAUAGAACCAGCCAUUACAACGAACACAAAAACAGAGAGACCUUGAGAGCCAACCUGGAUUUACUAGAAGAAGUUAGGGACUUAUCGCAAAUACGAAUGGCAAGUUACCAUAGAAAAGCAGAAAAAUACUACAACCGCAAGGUAAAACCCAAAAACCUAUGCAAAGGAGAUUGGGUACUAAGAAAAGCAGAGGUCUCAGAAAGAAAUCCCCGAGAAGGAAAGCUACGCUCAAGCUGGGAAGGACCAUACCUCAUCAAGGAAGAUUUAGGCAACGGAGCCUUCAAGUUGAUGCGCCCCAAUGGAGCAAUAAUCCCACGGACCUGGAAUGCUGCGCACCUUAAGAAAUACUACCAGUAAGCAAAGGAAAGUAACCUUGUAAAGUACUCCCCAUCAAUAUUGCGACUUUUAUCUAAAUAAAAUGAGAAAUUUAGC